AUGAGCAGCGGGGUGUGGUUUCCUUCACUGGGGCUGGCGGCCUGGCUGUGUUGCCUCAAUCUGGUGCCCAUUGAGGGGGGGGAGAUACUGGGUAUGCGUCUGGUUAUGCCUGUGGAUGGGAGCCACUGGCUUAGCAUGAAGAUACUGGUGAAGGAGCUCACCCACAGGGGCCAUGAGGUUGUGGUGCUGGUACCUGAAACAAGCCUGCUGAUCCAUGGCUCAGAGGACUACAAGACUGAAAUCUACCAAGUGCCGUACACCAAAGCUGACCAGGAUAAAAAUAUCAGGCAGCUGGGGAAUGGAGCAUUCCUCACUCCACCAGGCUUCCAAGAUUUGUUUUUCAAUGUUCAGCGUUUCAUUGAUUUUACUUUGAUAAAGGUGAAAGGUUGUGAGAGUUUGCUGAACAACCAGCCUCUCAUGAGCCGACUGAGGGGAAAAGGCUUCGACCUCAUGCUUACAGACCCCUUCCUUCCCUGUGGCUCCAUACUGGCUCAUCUCUUUUCCAUUCCAGCUGUUUAUUUUCUGCGCGGACUUCCAUGUGAGCUAGAUAUGAAGGCUAACCAGUGCCCCUCUCCUCCUUCCUAUGUUCCUGUAUUUUAUUCUGAUAAUACAGACGUCAUGUCUUUCCCACAGAGAGUCAAAAACAUGGUCAUGUCGAUUAUGAACUCCUACCUGUGCAAAAUAAUCUAUGCCCACUUUGAUGAUCUGACCAUCAAAUACAUAAGAGACAACAUGACCUACAGGGACCUUAUUAGUCACGGUGCUAUCUGGCUUGUCAGAACUGACUUUGCUUUGGAAUGGCCCAGACCUCUCAUGCCAAACAUGGUUUUUAUUGGAGGUAUCAACUGUGCAAAGAAAGCUCCUCUGCAAGCGGACUUGGAGGAGUUUGUGGAUGGCUCUGGAGAAGACGGCUUUAUUAUCUUUACCCUGGGAUCAAUGGUGACCAAUAUGCCUGAGGAGAAGGCUAAACAGUUCUUUGAUGCCUUUCGGCAAAUUCCUCAAAGGGUUUUAUGGCGAUUCACUGGAGUCCCACCUGAAGAUGUUUCCAAGAAUGUCAGGCUUGUAAAGUGGUUACCUCAGAAUGAUCUCCUUGCACAUCCCAAAGCUAAAGUCUUCAUCACUCAUGGAGGUACCCAUGGAAUCUUUGAGAGUAUCUGCAAUGCUGUACCCAUGUUGAUGUUUCCUCUGUUUGGGGAUCAGGGAGACAAUGCAAAUCGCAUGGUGUCCCGUGGUGUUGCAGAGAAACUCAAUACUUAUGAUGCAACAACUGAAGAAAUAUUGGAUGCAAUAAAUAAACUCAUCCAUAAUAAAAGCUACAAAGAGAAGAUGGUGGAGCUGUCUCAGAUACACCUGGACCGCCCUGUCCAGCCCUUGGACCUGGCCGUUUUCUGGACUGAAUUUGUCAUCAGACACAAAGGAGCAACACAUCUAAGGGUAGCUGCACAUGACCUGAACUGGAUUCAGUACCACAGCCUGGACGUCAUCUGCUUUCUUGUCAUCAUUCUACUGACUGUAAUAUGGGUGACAUUGAAAACCUGCCUGUUCUGUAUUCACAAGUGUUGCAGAAAGGCAACGAUAAAGAAAAAAUCCGAGUAGUGUAUUUAAUGUGACUUUCAUUAGGUUUUAUAAAAUCUGUAGUGAAGUGAAUAAUGAAGUUUGGAACACUGCACUGGGAUGUCACAAUUUUAGCAGUAAACAAUGUUAUCUCACUAGUAAGAGCCCAAGUAUAUGCCUAUUUGUUUAGAUGAUGACUUUUUAGCCUAGCUACUAUCAACUGUAACCAUGGCAACCUGUUGCUACCACAUGAUUCAAACAUAGCCUAUAGUAUCCAGUAUCCCAAGGGUUUUGUUUAGCUGAAUGAGUCUGCCUGUUCAAGGUUCCUUUAUUAUCAUUCUACAUGUUUGAGUCAUGAAGAACAAAAUUAGCCACCCAGGGCCAGCGUAUAUUAAAAGCAUAUACAAUAAUAAUAGAUACUUAUUGCCAUAGAAUGGCAAUAAGUAAACACACUAAGUGAUAAAACCUAAACAUAACAACAGCAUUAAAACAAAUGGGCGUCAUAUUUAAAAAUGCAUCAGUUCAUCAAAGAGGCAUAGGAUUCAUAAUUCUCACAGCUUCUGGUAGGAAACUGGAUUUAAGCUUAGUGGUCCUGGCCUUGAUGCGCCGCAGCCUCCUGCCUGAGGGAAGGAAUUCAAACAGUCCAUGUGCUGGGUGUGUGGGGUCAUCCAUGCUAGAGGAGGCUCUGGUUCUGCACCUGCUGAUGUAGGUGUCCUCAGUGGAAGGCAGACUACAGUGUACAGUGUUUUGGGCCGAUUUAAUGACCGUCUGCAGCACCUUUCUGUCAGCGGUAGAGCAGCUCCCAUACCAGACUGUGAUGGAGGAUGUCAGGAUGCUCUCCGCCACAUACCAGUAGAAGGCUGUUAGGACCAGAGCGUCCAGGCCAGCCCACUUGAGCCUCCUUAGGAAACAUAGAUGCUGGUGGGCCUUCUUUAUGAUGGUGGCUGUAUUAAUGGUCCAUGUGAAGUCCCUAGAAAUGUGAAGCCCUAAGUACUUUAUGCUGGAAACCAUUUCCACAGCCACUCCUCCGAUAAAGAAAAGAAGUGUGCCCACUCCUCCUGAAGUUCACCACCAUCUCCUUCAUCUUCCCUGCAUUGGUGCAGAGGUUGUUUGCCCUGCAGCAGUCCACAAGAUUCCCCACUUCCCUUCUGUACACAGACUUGUCGUUGAGGGAUAUUAACCCCAUGACGACCUUUAUUCUUAUGACAUUUAAUUCUGUAUGUUUUAUGUGUAUGUAAUACAUGUCUGUUAGUUACACUUGUAUUUUACUGAUCUUAAACCAUAGUGUAUCCACAAGAUUUUGAAUAUUGAAUACCAAAAAAUGUGAUUACAACAAUUUUCUGGGAGAACUGGUGCAUUAUCUGACCGAAAUGCAGGGAUGUCAUUAACUGUAUAUUUCUCAUUAUUUCCUUUAAGUGUAUUUUGCUCAAAUGAAAUGUCUAAAGCUCCAUCUAGUGGACAGUAGAAACAUUACAAUGUAUUGUAUACAAUAUACUAUGUUUAAUAAUACUCAAUUCAUUUUAACAUAUCAAAACCUCUUG